GUCUAUUUCAUCCUCCUCACAGAAAUUGUUCUAAUUUUACCCUCUUCACAAAGAUAGCAUUCAUUUAAUUCCCAGAAAGAAAUGGCGGAAGGAGUUCUUUUCGAAGUUGCUAAGGGAAUCAUUGAGAAAGCCGGCAACCUUGCAAUCCAGGAGAUUGGACUACUGCGGAGUCUCAAAGAUGAGAUUGAAAAGCUCAAUGACACAGUUUCGACAGUCAGAGCUGUGCUUCUGGAUGCAGAGGAGCAGCAGCAGCACAACAAUCAAGUCAAAGUGUGGUUGAAAAGGCUGAAGGAUGCCAUUUAUGAUGCGGACAACUUGCUAGAUGACAUCUCCACUGAAGCUUUACGAUGCGAGGUAAUGACGCAGAAUAAGAAGGCAAAAGAGGUACGCAUUUUCUUUUCCAAAUCGAACCAGCUUGCAUAUGGUUUUAAAAUGGGUCAUAAGGUUAAGGCAAUGAGGGAAAGGCUUGAUACCAUAUCAAAGGAUAGGGCCGGGUUCCACUUAGAUGAACGUCAUGUAGAGUCACAAGUGGGGAAUUAUAGGGUGAGAGAAACACAUUCUUCUGUACGUACUGAAGAAGUCAUUGGGAGAGACAACGAUAAGGAAGAGAUUAUAAAAAUUCUUUUAGAUCCCAAUGUUGAAGAGAGUGUUUUGAUCCUUCCAAUAGUUGGACUUGGAGGACUAGGGAAGACCACAUUAGCUCAACUCGUAUUCAAUGAUAAAGAAAUCAAAAACCAUUUUGAGCCAAAGCUUUGGGUGUGUGUCUCUGAUGACUUUGACGUAAAAGUAAUUAUUAAGAAAAUCUUAGAGUGCGCACAAAAUAAGAACCCAGAAAACCUUGAAAAGAACACAUUGAUUAAUAAUCUUAAGAAAGAAAUUGAUGGAAAGAGAUACUUUCUUGUGUUGGAUGAUGUAUGGAAUGAGGAUCUUCAAAAAUGGCUUGAACUAAAAAAUCUUUUAAUGGAUGGUGCAAUAGGUAGUAGAAUAUUAGUGACUACACGCAUUAAUAAAGUGGCAAAGAUUACAAAAACUGUUCAACCAUAUAUGUUAGAGGGUUUAGAUAAAGAUAAGUCUUGGUCUUUAUUUAAACAAAUGGCAUUUGAAAAAGGACAAGAGUCAGAAAAUUCAAGAUUUAAGGCAGUUGGAAUGGAAAUUCUUGAAAAAUGUAAAGGAGUCCCCCUUGCCAUAAGGACUAUAGGAAGCAUAUUGUGCUUUAAGAACUCGGAAGAAGAGUGGUUAUCUUUUAAGGAAAAUGAGCUUUCAAAAAUACCCCAAGAAGAAAAUGAUAUCCUACCAACACUUAAGUUGAGUUAUGAUCAUCUCCCAUCAUAUUUGAAACAAUGCUAUGCUUAUUGUUGUUUAUUUCCAAAGGAUUACCAAAUUCAUAAACCAACAUUAAUUAAAAUGUGGAUGGCACAAGGUUUCAUUAGGCCUUUAAAUCAAAAUCAAUGCCUAGAAGAUGUUGGUCAUGAGUAUAUUAAGGAUUUAUUAUGGAGAUCAUUUUUUCAAGAAGUUGAAAAGGAUGAGAGAGGCAAUAUUUUAUAUUUCAAAAUGCACGAUCUUGCAAAAUUAGUAGCGGGAUCGUAUAGCACCACUUGUUAUUCAAAAGAGGAAGGCAUUCAUGAAAAAACAUGCCAUGUAUCAUUUGAUAGGAAGUUUCUCUCAUCAUCAGGAAUUCCAAUCUCGAUGUAUAAAGCAAGCAGGAUAAGAACAUUUCAUUUGCCUGGUGAAUUAGAAUAUUCAUAUGCAAGCUUGGAUAAGUCAACUUGUAAUGCAAUUGUUUCAAGUUUUAAGUUCAUACGCUUGUUGGAUCUACAUAAAAUGAAUAUUAAAACAAUUCCAAGUUCUAUCGGGAAGUUGAGACAUUUAAGGUAUCUCGAUGUAUCUUAUAAUCCCAUCAAGAUGCUUCCUAGUUCCAUCACAAGAUUGUAUAAUUUGCAAACACUGAGGCUCUUUGGAUGUGAAAUUAAAGAAUUACCUAGAGAUAUUAGCAAAUUAGUCAACCUCACAUAUAUUGAUGGGAAAUUGAAUUUGGCUCAUAUGCCAUUUGGACUGGGGCAAUUAACUAAGCUUCAAACAUUUUCACUAUCUGUGAUGAGUCGGAAUAGUAGGCGCCACAGUGGAUUAAAGGAACUCAACGGGCUAAACAAGUUAAGAGGAACACUAGAGAUUGUGCGAUUGAUACGCGGGAAAGAAGAUGCAUCAGAAUCUGAGGAUUCAAAUAUGAAAGUGAAUAUACAUCUUGAAGACCUGAAGUUUUCAUGGAUAAAAGAAGGCGUGGAUGAGUCCAACGUUGGGUAUGAUGAAGAGUCACUUGCAGCCUUGCUCCCACAUGGCCGACCUUCAAAUCUUCAAGAAUUGUGUUUAAAUAGAUACGGGGGAGUGAAAUUUCCAAGUGCGAGUUCUUCGCUUUCAAAUCUCGUAAAAUUGUCCUUAAAUGAAUGUAACAGAUGCCAACAUCUUCCACCGUUGGAUCAGUGUCAUUCUCUCAAAACUCUCUCUCUUGAACGAAUGAAUGAUUUGGAGUACAUAUCAGAGAGAGAAAACAACGGGGAGUUCUCUGAUUCUUCAUUCCUCCCAUCUCUAGAGCAACUCACAAUUGCAUUUUGCCCUAAUCUAAAAGGAUGGUGGCAACGACAGAGGGAUUCUGUUGAGGAGUUCCAUAAUCAUUCACUGCCUUCAUUUCCUCAUCUUUCCAACUUACAAAUUUGGGGAUGCCCUAAGCUGAUAUCCUUACCUCUCUUUCCAUAUCUCGAAGAGCUAGAGUUGAAUAAAUGUAGCUUAAAGCCAUUGGAGCAAACAGUGAGAAUGGAGGUGAUAAACACGGCAACCCCAAAGAACCUAACAUCAAUAGCAGCAACAUCAACCUCUUCUUCUUCUACACUUGCCGCUUCCUCGUUCAUCCCUCUCUCCAAAUUGAAGUCCAUGUCAAUUGAGAAUAUGGAGGAAACUCUGCCCAAGGAGUUGAUGUGCAACCUCAUUUCUCUCCAAGAUUUAUCGAUUUAUAAUUGUUGUGGUCCUCUCCCUCUCUCUCGACAUCUCACUGCCCUUCAGAAUUUGACAGUUUGGGAUUCUAAAGAGGUUGAUUUAACAAACGAUGGAGAUGAGAUGGCAUGGCAUGGCCUUCAGAGCCUUCGCUGCCUAAAGUUCUACGACCUUCCAAAUUUGGCCACUCUACCUGUGGGGAUUCAACAUCUCAGCUCUUUGCAAAGACUUGAGAUUAUCGGUUGUCCGAGUUUGUUGGCUAUACCGGAGUGGAUCUGUAACCUUACCUCUUUGCAGACACUGCGAAUUUUGGGAUGUCCCAUCUUAUCGAAAAGAUGCGAAAGGGAAGCGGGUGAAGAUUGGAGUAAGAUUGCGCACAUCCCACAUUUAAAUAUAGUCAGAUGAAGAACCUACUCUUACGAUUUGGAGCUUAAUCAAACCUUUUGGGCGCUGCAAUUGCUCAACAAGUCAACAAAUUCACCGAGUAAAAGAUCAAUGGUACAAGAUGAUAUCGGGUAAUAUUGUGAGAAGAAUAAAAUCUGGUAGCCAUUUUGCGGGAAGUAGCAUGUUGUGCAGGAGACCUAUCAUUCAGUAAGGGAUUUAGCACAUCUGAAGCUUCAUUCUAUUUAUAUAUGUACGCAAUUUUCUGGAAUUGGCUUACAAGGUGAAGGCGAGGCCCCAUCUCAAUCAAGCUAAAUCAGAAAGAUCAAUGCUUUUAAAUGUGCACUUCCUCUCUGCAUGAUUCUCUUGACUGAUGCAGAAUGAAGCAUGAAGCAAUGCAGGAUAUUGGAGAGGUGGAUUUGCCGCUGAUAUUUGUGCCCUUACCAGUGAGGAUUUCCCAAAGAUUUGUAGAUACUGGGAAUUCAUCAGUGUCCCAUCUUACCACAAAGAUGCAAAAGGAAGUAUGUGAGGUUUUCCAUAAGAUUUGUUACAUCCUAAAGUUGGAAGGAGAUCCAAUUCAGUGGUAUUUUCCAACAACAUGGGAACGAAAUCUGAGCCAGUAAUUUCAAAGUGCAAAGAGAGUGAGAACUGGACUAAGGUUUCAUUUAAGCCCGCCUUGGCAAAAUUUAACAUGACUCAUCUUGAGGACGAUGUGGUUGCGCUGAUGAAAAAGCGGGUUUUUGACUUGGC